AACUUCCCCAAUGCGUCCACUAUUGAGUCAGACCUGAACCUUAACGACACGGAGGUUGCUCAGUUGCCGCUGAGUGCCUUGGUUAUUCCGGGCUACGCCAACUUUACCAAUGGAACCUGGAACUUGCGGGUACAGGGAUUGGCUUAUAAGCUCCCCGCGUUGAAUGAUUCCCAGUUAGAUGAUGCCGCGGACAAGUAUUUGCCGGGUGUGGGUAACUUGACACUCAACUCUACCGAAGAGACCCUUCUCCGCAACAGGACACAUGAUCUGUUGGCUAUUCCUCAUUCGAACGAGAAUUUGACGUUCUUGGUUUCCGCGUCCAAUUCGUCGACGAGUGUAGUGAACAUCACCUUGUCUCAGCCGACCGAUGCAAGUGGUGAAUUCGACGAGUUCGUCAUGUUACCCUCCUCCCUCGGCUUGAGCAACUCCUCCACAACCCAACACAUAACUCUCUACGGCCAGAACCUUUCCGGCCCCGCAAACGGCUCUGCAAUCCUCGUCCCAACCUCCGGUUACUCCAUCGUCUCCGACAUCGACGACGUCCUCCGCAUCACGAAAGUCUACCAACCCAUCACCGGGCUCCGCAACUCCUUUGCAGAGAAAUACGUUAAUCUUCCGGGGAUGCCAGAGUUAUUUGAGCACUGGGAGAGUACGUUACCGGGGGUUGCGUUUCAUUAUGACACGACUACGCCGGCGCAAUUGACGAGGACGUAUGUUGAGUAUUUAUUUGGGAAUUAUCCAGUGGGGUCGUUGGAUAUGCGGCCCAUUAACCUUACCGAGCCGUCUGCUAUCUUCGACGCGAGGCAGACGUCCCUCGUGAGGUUGUUCGAGACAUUCCCGGACCGCAAGUUCGUUCUAAUUGGCGACACCUCCUCCUCAACCCUCCUUUCCGCCUACCCCUCCAUCGCACAACAAUUCCCCGACCAGAUUGGGUGUAUCUUUAUUCGUAACACCUCCGCCACUGAUGGUGCGGAUGAACUCCCCUUUGAUACUUCCGGUUUUGCAAACCUAUCGAAUUCGACAUACUUUUUUUACACGGUGCCGGAGGAUUUGUAUAACCUAAAUAUUAAUGGGGGACAGUGUCGCAACGAUUCGAUCCCGCAGAAUUUGACGUUUGGGGAGAUGGGAGGGCCGUUC